AUGGCAAGCUUAAAAAGAUCUACCGAGACAGAUUCUCUGGCCUCAAACAUCUCGAGCAAAGUCUAUGUGCGAUCGACCCGGAGUGGCAAAGUGCAGAAAAUCGUAAGAGAAGUCUACUUACGAACUGACAUCCCCUGCUCUUCCAAGCUCUGCAAAGCUUGUCUUCAGGAUGCCCCUAGAAAUGCCGCUCAGCAAGCUCAGCCUUUUGUGCUCUCGGACAAGCCAGCAGGCACCAAGACUUUCCCUCAGGGCCAUUACCUGGUGCCUGAUACUAAUGCGUUGCUCAACGCAAUGGACCUUUUCGAGCAAAGCUCGGCUUUCUACGAUGUAGUCAUCCUGCAAACAGUACUCGAGGAGCUGCGAAAUCGGUCACUACCACUCUACAACCGUCUAGUGGGGCUCACAAAGAGCGAGGAUAAGAGAUUUUACGUCUUUUUCAACGACUUUAGACUCGAGACAUUCGUCCACCGUCAGGCAAACGAGACUGUGAAUGACAGGAAUGACAGAGCUGUGCGGUUAGCCGUCAAGUGGUACGGCGAGCAUCUUGCCAGGACAAAGGCGAACAAGCUGCCAGCAGUAGUGAUGCUUAGCGAUGAUCGAGAGAACCUUCGCAAGGCCAAGGAAGAGGGGCUUCAUGCAUCUUCUCUCCGGGACUAUGUCAGUGGCCUCGAAGAUGGCGAGAGGCUACUAGAUAUGGUCGCAGAAGCGCAAAACCAAGAGUCUUUUAAGAAGCAGGGCCAGAUGCUGUACCCUGAAUACUCUACUCUAUCAAGGAUGAUGACUGGAGUCAAGGCUGGGUUAAUGCAUCAAGGAAUCUUCAACGUGUCGCCAUAUAACUACCUCGAGGCCGUUGAUGGUGAUGUUGUGGUCGUUGAAGUUCUUCCCCAAGAUCAGUGGAAAGAACCUUCGACAAAGAUCAUUGAGGAGGACGCCAUCACCAAGAAUGAGAAUGCAGAUGUGGAAGAGAGCCAGGAUCUCGUGUCUGAAAAGGAGCGGAAGGCCUUGCAAGAGCAGGUCAAGAAGACUCAGAAGAGUGCAUCGGAGAGCAAACCUCAGCCUACGGCCAAGGUUGUGGGUGUUAUCAAGCGCAAUUGGCGUCAGUAUGUUGGUCAUAUAGACCCAUCGUCAGCCAGUAAGGGUUCCAGCCAAGGUCGUAAGCAGGAUAGCGUUUUCCUCAUCCCAAUGGACAAGAAGAUUCCCAAAAUCCGCCUUCGUACGCGGCAGGUUGCUGACCUUCUUGGCAAGCGCCUGUUGGUAACUAUUGAUGCCUGGGAGCGCGACUCAAGACAUCCUAUUGGACAUUUUGUGCGAUCUUUGGGUGAGCUGGAGACCAAAUCGGCCGAGACCGAAGCUCUGUUGCUGGAGUGGGAUGUUCAAUAUCGGCCUUUUCCCAAGACCGUAUUGGACUGCCUUCCCAGAGAGGGACACGACUGGAGAGUGCCGACGAGCCUGGAAGAUCCUGGUUGGAGGCAGAGAGAGGAUCUCCGAGGUCUUCUCAUCUGCAGUAUUGACCCUGUUGGGUGCCAGGAUAUCGAUGAUGCUCUCCAUGCCAAGCAGCUCCCCAAUGGGAACUAUGAAGUUGGUGUUCACAUCGCAGACGUGUCCAACUUUGUCAAGCCUGCCAACGCCAUGGAUACUGAAGCCAGUAUCCGGGGUACCACAGUCUAUCUCGUCGACAAGCGUAUCGAUAUGCUGCCUCCUCUUCUCGGUACGGACCUUUGCUCGCUCAAGCCUUACGUCGAGCGAUUUGCAUUCUCGGUGCUCUGGGAGCUGAACGAGAAUGCUGACAUCGUCAACGUUCGCUUCACCAAGUCUGUCAUCAAAUCUCGAGAAGCGUUCAGCUACGAACAGGCCCAGUUGCGAAUCGACGAUGAGUCUCAGCAAGACGAUCUUACCAAGGGAAUGCGCAUGCUUCUCAUGUUAUCCAAGAAAUUAAAGAAGAAGCGAAUGGAUGCUGGUGCCCUGAGCCUUUCUUCCCCAGAAGUCAAGGUGCAAACUGAAUCUGAGACGUCCGAUCCUAUUGAUGUCAAGACAAAACAGCUUCUCGAUACAAACUCUCUCGUCGAAGAGUUCAUGUUGUUUGCCAACGUCAGCGUUGCAGCCAAGAUCUAUGAAGCAUUUCCUCAAACCGCCAUUCUCCGCCGUCACGCGGCCCCCCCAAAGACAAACUUUGACGAACUAUCAAACCAACUCCGCACCAAGCGUGGCAUGGAGUUGCGGACCGACUCCAGCAAGGCCCUUGCCGAUUCUCUAGAUCAGUGCGUGGACCCCAGGGAGCCAUUCUUCAACACCCUUGUGCGCAUCAUGGCUACUCGCUGCAUGAUGAGUGCAGAGUAUUUCUGCUCUGGAACACAGGCCUAUCCUGAAUUCCGCCAUUACGGUCUUGCUUCAGAGAUCUACACUCACUUCACCUCUCCCAUUCGCCGUUACGCCGAUCUUCUUGCCCAUAGACAGCUCGCUGCUGCCAUCGACUACGAGGCCAUACACCCCAACGUCCGCAGCAGGGGUCGCCUUGAGGCUGUCUGUAAGAACAUCAACGUGCGCCACCGCAAUGCUCAGAUGGCCGGUCGUGCCAGCAUCGCCUACUAUGUCGGCCAAGCCCUGAAGGGCAAGGUUGCUGAGGAAGACGCGUUCGUGAUGAAGAUUUUCAGUAACGGCUUCGUCGUUCUUGUUCCACGCUUUGGUACAGAGGGCCUGAUCCGCCUUCGAGACCUUGCACAGCCUGAGCCCGAGGCCGAGUACGACGCAGAGACAUACACGCUUAUAACCAAGGGAAGCCGCGAGAUGAAGGUGGAGCUCUUCCAAAAAGUCAGGGUUAGAGUCCGUGACGAGAAAGAUGAGAUGACGGGCAAACGCGGUGUCAAGAUGGAAUUGAUCGAAGCAUAG